CCGGAUCUGUACGUGUCAGAAAUUUAGUCCAAAUAUACUAGGACUGAACACCAUGGCAAGCCGCUGCUACACUCUUCUAUGCUCAACAUCAAGAUUGGCUAGCGCGCGCAUUGCCCUUGCUCCGUUAGCUAGCCGGUCGAGAUGGCUUGCCACAGAAACUGUAUCGUCGUCGUCUGCAGCACCCCCUCCUCCGCCAAGUGACCCCAAAAUUGGCCGCAUAGUGGACGACAUCUCUGGACUGACACUGCUGCAAGCAGCCGACCUCGUCACGCUCUUGAAGUCACGGCUAAAUAUUCAAGAAAUUGCAAUGCCUGCUGCUUCAGCCGCCGCACCCGCCGCCGCCCAGGUCGAAGAAGCAGCAGUGGAGGAGAAACCGAAGGAGAAGACUAUCUUCAAUUUGAAACUUCAGUCCUUCGAUGCCGCAGCGAAGCCCAAGAUCAUUCGUGAGGUCAAGGCCCUGAUCCCGAACCUUACGCUCAUCGAUGCGAAGAAGUUCGUAGAGUCUGUACCUCAAGUCCUCAAGGAAAAUAUGCCCAAAGAAGAUGCGGACAAACUAAAAGAGGUUCUCGAAAAACUGGGAGCAGUAGUGGUACUUGAGUAGAUCAUUAAGUCCUAUGUAUAGAGCACGUUCAGGUUAUAAUUCAUUCGUUAUAAUUAA